AUGUCAUCAACCACAUGGGCUGGCAAUCGGUAUGCUGCCCUGGUGUCCGAAGAUGAAGGCGAGGAAGGCGCGAGCAAAGGCACUCGCCCGGCAAGAUCCAAGAAAAGAAGGUUGAAACAGAAGAAGCCUCUGAAGCUUCCCAAGGCGACGCCCGCUCAACCUGCGGAGCCUGCGGAGCCGGCGGAGCCGGCGGAAGCGGCCGCAAGCUUGCCAAAGCGCAAGAAGAGGAAACGAGUCGCUGAAGCUGACCAGGCUGACAGCCAGGGAGAGGGCGAAGCCGAAAACGAGUUAGAUACCAAGGAUGGCCAGGACUCUCAAGAAGGUCUUCUGAAGACUGGGACGACGAAGACUCUUCAGGGCGGGGUGACUAUCAAGGUCCUCCGAGAAGCGCCUGCGGGAGCGAGAAUCGCAACCAAGGGCUGCGAAGUGAAGCUGAUGUACGAGGGACGCUUGCCGGAGAAGAACGGCCGACGAUUUGACGUCGGAGAGAUUGAUUUUUUACUUGGAGAUGGCACAAUGCUGCCUGGUUUUGCCAUUGGCGUGGCCGGCAUGGGCGUCGGAGAGCGGCGGCUCAUUCGUGUCCCUUGGCGUCUUGGAUAUGGGAAGAAGGGCAAGAGGCCGAAGAUCCCCCCGAAAUCUGAUCUGGACUUCGACGCGUCGCUCACGUUCUGCGGCAUUGAUUGGAAGCGGCGUGUCAGCCACAAGCCCCCGGAGAUGUCGAACAAGCGCCGCGAGGCGGCGAAGAGGCGCGGCAAGAAGCCGAGGCCCGCGUGA